AAAAAAUGGAACACACCAGCAGUGUGAGGAGACCUGAAAGUGGCACAUGGCAGAGUGUGGCGAUGGAGACAGCAGCAAUGGGAGGCCGUACAGGGACCCAUGAGAGACUCUGGACCUGGCAGCAGCAUGAGGAGGCGGUACAGGGGCCCAUGGCAGAUUAGGGCCUGGCAGCAGCAAUGGGAGGCCCGUAAUCUGCCAGCACCCUAUGACAAAAAAUGUAAACACACCAGCAGUGUGAGGAGACCUGAAAGUGGCACAUGGCAGGAAUGUGUGGCGAUGGAGACAGCAGCAAUGGGAGCCGUACACGGGACCCAAUGAGAGACUCUGGACCUGCAGCCAGCAUGA